GAGCAGAGCGAGAGCGAGAGAGAGAGAGAAAAGGAAAGGGAUGGAGAGAAAAAGCAGGAGGACCAGUAGCAGAGAGUGUGUGCUUUCUAAGCAACAUCAGACAUCCGUACUGUGGCUUUCUGACUCUGAGUCUGUUCGGAUUAUGUCAGUCCUUCACAUCAAGAAUCAUUUGUAGAGUUGCUCACUGUCAAAACGGACUGACCGCCAUUCGCCUGCUCAUCCUCCAGCACUGAGCACCAGAGCUCAAGCUCUCUGAAUUUGGGGAUAUACCUCUUUUAUGUCUUUCAGUGUCUCUCUGUCAUAAUCUGUUCUACAUUCUAUCUGUGUGUGUGAGUUCUGCCAUACUUUGGAUUCUACCUGGACUCCAUGUGGGUAGUCAAGCACACACUCUCCCCUGGAAGGUAAGCUGUGUCUGAGAUGGGCAAUGUGUCAAAAACAGCCCUGUUCGUCUCUACAAUCUCCAGACAGCACGACAUCCUCAUGGGAUCACUUUAUUCAGUGUUCUGUGUCUUGUCGCUCCUGGGAAAUGGCAUGCUGUUGUUUGUAGCCUACCGUAAGAGGUCAUCUCUGAAGCCCGCAGAGUUUUUCGUCGUGAACCUGUCUGUGAGUGAUCUAGGAAUGACCCUGUCUCUGUUUCCUCUGGCCAUCCCAUCUGCUCUAGCACACAGGUGGUUGUUUGGGGAGGUAACUUGUCUCUACUAUGCUGUGUGCGGGGUUUUAUUUGGCUUAUGUAGCCUAACAAACCUGACUGCUUUGUCGUCAGUAUGCUGCCUCAAAGUCUGCCUCCCAAAUUACGGUAACAAAUUCUCAUCCAGCCACGCUUGUGUGAUGGUGGCUGGGGUUUGGUGUUACGCAUCUGUCUUUGCUGUGGGACCUUUGGCCCACUGGGGAAGCUUUGGACCAGAACCAUACGGAACCGCCUGCUGCAUAAACUGGUACACUCCAUACCAUGAUGCCCUUGCCAUGUCUUACAUCAUCAGUCUCUUUAUCUUUUGUUACAUCGUCCCUUGUACCAUCAUCAUCCUCUCUUACACCUUCAUCCUGCUCACAGUGAGGGGCUCUCGCCAAGCCGUUCAACAGCACGUCUCACCACAAACCAAAGUGGCCAACGCACACACUCUUAUUGUCAAGCUCUCAGUGGCUGUAUGUAUUGGCUUCCUUACGGCUUGGAGCCCGUAUGCCAUCGUUGCCAUGUGGGCUGCGUUCAGCGCCAAUGAGCAGGUCCCACCCACUGCUUUUGCACUGGCAGCCAUCCUGGCCAAAUCCUCCACCAUUUACAACCCUAUGGUUUAUCUUCUCUUCAAACCCAACUUUCGCAAAUCACUGAGUAAGGAUACUCAAAUCAUCCGCCACAGGAUUUGUUUGAGCCAUAGCAAGGCCAGUCCCACACCAGGAAUAAAGGACGGGCAGGUGCAGAACUUUCAGCAGUGCAACAAUAAGGAUGCCAGCACCUCUACACCUUUUUCCAGUGGACAGGCAGAGAGUUAUGGUGCAUGUCAAGUUUAUGCAGAAGCGGAGCCACGUUUUCAACAAUUAAGCCCUCAGAGAACUGCGCGUAUUCUGGAGGGCAACAUUCAGAGUGAAAUACCAGUGAGACAACUGACUGACAGAAUGCAAAACAACCUUCUCUGAGAGAUAUUCAAGAAAGAAAGCAUGCAUGAAAUGUAAGGUAGGAGAGGAUGAUGUAACGUGUAAAAAUCGCAGAUGUCCUUAGAUGCACAAAUACAAGGAAAAAAAAAGAGGAGUAAGAAAAAGAAAAUCUCACUGUUAUCUUUGGAUUUGUAUUGAUCCUCAGAACUUCCAACCGAUUUCACCAAUGUUUACUAAACCAAAAUCCACUUCUUUUUAAACUGUAUAAAGAAUAUUUCCUUAAUGGCAGUUCAAACAGAAUGUCAUGCUUUUAAAUUGUUUUCUAUGUCAACUUGCAUAACAUAUUCUGCAUAAGCAGACUUAAUUGUUUGAACAAACUUAAAAAAAAACAAAAAAAUAAAAUAAAAUAUGAUAUGUGAUUUAUUAACUGAUGAAUAAUGUUCAGUGUGGAGUAAGUCCAGUUAGAUGUCGAUUACAAAAAACAAUUCAAGUUUAACCCCACAAACUGCUCCAGGUUCAUACAUGGUUUACAACGAUAAGCAAUGUCAGAUCACUGUGUGAACAAAGACUGACAUCUGCUGGCUGAAUAGGAGUAUUACAAUUGAAAAGAAAAAAAAUCUUUUGUGUUUAGUAUUGAUACAAUUACAUAUAGCUAGUAUUGUCAAUCUCACUGUAAUAGUAACACAAACUAACAGUUGAUAGCACACAUACAUCACAGAGACAUCUAUUCGACAUCUGCAUUUACAUCUAGAAGGCGUAUUUUUUAGUGUUUGCUCACCUGCAAUACAUCUAUAGGACUUCUACUAUCAGAUGUCAAAGAGACAUCUAUUAGAUGUCUUUAAGAUGUUUAUAAUUUAGAAUGUAUGUAAAACUGACAUCUGAAAGAUGUCUGUCAGAUGUUUGUACAUAGCAAAGGCUUUCCAGAUCAAGAGAUCUUUAACAGACAUCUUGCAGACAUAUGUGUGCGAUCUGGGAUACCAACGUAAACUACAUAUUUUUUUAAAAAGUAUACAAACGUAUAUUUGUAUACUUUUUAAGCACAAAGCUCAUGUAGCACAGGCUCUGGGAUGCGCGUCCACGAUGCUACAAAUUAGUGCUGGGUCGUUUCUUGAGCGAUUCGCUCAUUUUGAACGAAUCUUUAAUGUGACUCAGGAAGAAUGAGUCGUUCGUUCAUCUUAUGGGGCUGUCACAUGACGAACAAAUGACUCAAACCCGAAAACUUGUCAGAUAAGAGGUGAGGUGAGCUGAUCAUAGUUCAUAGAUCAUGAUUACCCAGGUAAACAAUUAAUUAAUCUUUUCUGUUUCUUAUAGCAUUAUAGUUUGUCUUGUUUGUAGUGUAAUCAACGUUUGUGUAAGCAGUAGAUGUGUUAGGUAAGUAACACGGAACAUUUUAAUUACAUUUUGCUAAAAUGAACGAAAUUACUCAAAAAAAGAUUUGGUCAUUUUGCUGCACGAGACUCAAAGGUCCGAGUCGGUAAAAUGAUACGAACUUCCCAUCACUACUAUGAAUCACAUCUAAGUUCAUUGUCUGUGUACUCCGGCUAAAAAAGGUAGAGUAUGGCGAAAAACUCCAUCUUAUUUUCUCCUACAAGUUCAGAAUCGUCCGACAUCGCUGUACCUUUUUGUUUGUAAACAGCGUUUGACUUACUUGCACUUUCUUAGUCUUUGCGCAUUCGCUUUGUAAACACUGUAGUUCUGCCUACGUUCGCGUGACCUUUUGACAUGAUUCAAUAGUACGUGAACGCGCAUCCCAGAACCUGUGCUACACAAGCUUUUGUGCUUAAAAAGUAUAAAAAUUUUAUUUUUCGAAAAAAAUGACCGAUCGUUUCACUCGAUAAGACCCUUUUUCCUCGGCUGGGAUCGUUUAGAGCCCUUUGAUGCUGCAAUUAAACUACAUUUUGGAAGUUCAAAAUCAGGGCACCAAUCAAGUCCAUUAUAUGAAGAAAAAUUCUGAAAUGUUUUCCUCAAAAAACAUAACUUCUUAUUCUAAAGACAGAAAGACAUGAACAUCUUGGAUGACAAGGGGGUGAGUAAAUUAUUUGUUAAUGUUGUUCUGGAAGUUCUCCUUAAACUUCUCCUUUAACAUUACUCUUGUGAAAGUGCGGCAUA